UAAGCCGGGGACACACCUAACGAUUAGCUGAAACAUUCUAAGACUGAACUGAACACACAUACCGAUUGUUUCCUUCGACUGGAGCCGAUUUUAAUCGUUGACAGUCGGAGAAGAACACAAACGUUUACGAUUGAGACCGCUGCUAAGCAACACACUGUGAAAAUGGAUGUAAACAAACAGCUGGCGCUCUUCAUCUGCAGCUAUGUUUGUGCGGAAAAAAAACCAAAAAAAAGAGGAAAAACGCGCAGGAUAUGGGCGAGGUCCUGGCUGGAGAGGCAACAUGGACUUUGUUCUCUACAGAGAGAAUUUGAGAUGGAGGACCAUGAAGGGUUCAGGAAUAUGUUCAGAAUGAGAAUGAAUGACUUCAAUCUACUUUUGGAAAAAGUGGAGCCUCACCUUUCACGUCAGGACACCAGACUAAGGCUAGCAAUCCCUGUGAAGGAUAGGCUUGCUGUAACUCUGCGCUUCUUGGCAACUGGUGAAACCUAUAAGUCCCUCAGUUUCCAGUUCAGGAUGGGGGCCAGCACUGUAUCCAGGAUUGUUGCAGAGACUUGUGAAGCCCUACAUCUUGUUUUAAAAGAAGAUUAUCUAAAGACACCCAGGACUGAGGCAGAGUGGCUGGACAUUGCCAAAGGGUUUGAAGAAAAAUGGCAGUUUCCUCAUUGCUUGGGAUCCCUGGAUGGCAAGCACAUUUAUAUUCAGCCACCUCCACACAGUGGCAGCACAUUUAGAAAUUACAAAUGCAGAUUUUCUGUUCUUCUAAUGGCUGCAGUUGACGCCAACUGUAAUUUCAUUUAUGUGAAUGUGGGCACACAGGGAAGAGUUUCAGAUGCAGGUCUGUUUGCCACCUCAGACCUUAAAAGGGCAUUAGACAAUGACCUGCUGAAUAUCCCACCCCCAGCGCCACUGCCCAAUUCCGAUGUCCAGUUUCCCUUUGUGUUUGUGGGCGAUGAGGCUUACCCGCUCCGCUUGGAUUUAAUGAAGCCUUUCCCACAUCGACAGCUAGAGAUGGACCAGCGAGUUUUCAACUACCGCCUUUCGCGGGCACGAAGGGUUGUAGAGAAUGCCUUUGGCAUCCUUGCCAACCGGUGGCGAGUGUUCAGGUCAACAAUCAUGUUAUCACCAGACAAAGUGACCAAAUUAACUAUGGCAGCUGUCUGCCUCCACAAUUUCUUAGGAGAUUGUGGAUCUGAGUCACCCCCCCCACCAGAACUGGCAGAUAGGGAAACUGCAGAAGGAGGAUUUGCAGCAGGAGAGUGGAGAGGGCAAAGAUCGGGAGCACUGCACCCUAGAAGAGAAGGAAUACGCAAUGCCAGCCAUCAUGCCAAACAGUUGAGAAAUGUCCUUAAAGACUACUUUAUGUCCACAGGAUAUGUGCCAUGGCAAGACAAAUAUGCUUAAUGCUUGAGGCUGUAACACCAAUACACAUGAAAACUGCCUCCCUUAUAUAUACAGCUAUGGAAAAAAUUAAGAGACCACUCCAAGUUCAGAAAUCAAUGU